AUGAAUAAGGCAUAUGACCGGGUUAACUGGAGGUUUCUCUUAAAAGUUCUUCAGGCCUAUGGAUUCCCUGCCCAGUGGAUACAAUUGAUUAGUCAAUGUAUAUCUACAGUGAAAUAUCGCAUCCUGGUUAAUGGACAGGUUACUGAGUCCUUUCCUUCCCAUUGUGGACUCCGUCAGGGUGACCCACUAUCUCCAUAUCUGUUCUUGUUCUGUAUGGAUAUCUUCUCUCGCAUGAUGAUAAUGGCUACGGAUAUUCGACUAUUCGAUGGAAUUCGAGCUCACAGUGUGCGAAAGUCAUUUGUUAAAUUUAGCCCAAAUGUUUCUGAGGCCAUGGGUCAGGAAUACAAAAGUAUCUUGCAAUUGAAUGCCAACGUGUCUCUAGGCACAUAUCUGGGUACUCCUGUUGAUAUUCAAGGGAAGAAAACUCAGCACUUCACUUUCUUACUUGAUAAAAUUUCUCAGCGUAUAACUGCGUGGAAUCAUUCACCAAUUUCGCAAGCUGGGAAAUUGAUUCUCAUUAAUUCAGUUCUCAUUGCUUCCAUAGCUCACAUCCUAUCCGUCUUCUUAAUUCCCACAACAAUCACUAAUAAGUUGGAUGCGAUGCUAGCACGAUUCUUCUGGUCCAAUUGCUCAGGUAAAGGAAUUGCUUGGAAAAGCAAGGAGCUCUUGCAUUUGCAAAAAGGUGCUGGAGGACUUGGAUUACGGAGUAUUGCGUUGCACAAUCGUUCCCUUCUGCUUAAGAAAGUAUGGCGUAUUCAUAGGGAUUCCAAUGGCCUCAUGAGUAAAGUAUUUGCCGAUCAACCUUUGCACCCUGGUUCUUCAAUAGCUACACUGCGUCCUAUGCGGAGUCAAUGUUCUUGGGGUGCGCGCGGGUUACUUCAAGCUGAGAAGUUGCUCCUGACAAAUUAUAGUUGGAAAAUUAGAUCCAAGUCUAGGUUACGUGCUGGCAAUGAGCGAUGGGUUCAUGGAAGGAUUCCCCUUUUCGGGAUAUUCACAGUUCGUGAUAUACGUGCUCUUGAAGUACCACGACUCACAAACCAAGAGGACCUUUCUAUUUGGCCGUUUACUACUUCGGGCCAAUACACUACCAAAUCUGGUUACUAUUUCCUCUCUCGAAAUACCGAUAUCUACAGCAUGAACUCCCCUCUCAAUUCGGAGUUCUUUCGAAUUUUAUGGGGAUUGCGCAUCAUGCCAAAAUGGAAAUUAUUCCUCUGGAAACUGUACCAUAACGGAUUAGCAACAACAGCUAACCUUUCGUACCGUGGUCUGGCUAGUUCAGAUGGUUGUCCAAACUGCAAUUUGGAACCUGAGACAUGCCAACACCUUUUCCGUUUUUGUCAUCUAUCCACGUUAGCAUGGCAAACUAGCCAACUGAGUAUUAGUUCCAAUGUAACUCCCCUUGUGAGCUUUAAAGACUGGCUCAUUGCAUGGAUACACUAUUUCUACCAGCAGGAUGGAUACAAUGGCCAUCGUCUUCCAUUGUUUGUGGCUAUUUUAUGGGCUAUUUGGCAGGGACGGAAUCAAAAGGUUUUCAACGGAAUAAUACCUGAUCUGCCUCUAAUCCGUUCACUUCAGGACAAAGGUAUCCAGCAACACUUUACCUUUCUGGCUACUCCUACUCCUCAACUUAAGAUCUUAAAUGAGGCACCAGGUCCUCCAGGGUUUCUUUUUGCACAUUUUGGGUUAACCUUCUCCGGGGUACCACAGUUACAGAUACAAGUGGAUGGGUCCUGGAAGAAGUCUUCUCCUUUGGCCGGUAUUGCCUGGGUUGUUGAUAACGUUAGUACUAACGCAAGGGAGGGCCAAGGUAGCUGCAUUUAUGCUGAGUUAGCCCUGGUGGCUGAAGCCCGGGCUUGCCUGGGGGCCUUGCUUUGGGCUCAAGCUCGGGGUUAUUAUCAAAUUUUGAUCUACACAGACUCCGAAAUCUUGGUACGGAGUUUGAUUCAUCAAGCCACACAACCUAUUUCAAUUGCCUGGACUCUCAACGACAUUCGAAUCCUGGGACAACAACUCCGAUGGUGUCGGAUUAUCAAAGCUAAUCGGCAACAGGUGCAGAGGGCGCAUGAACUGGCCAAUCAUGUUCGCCUAGGACAGAUACCAAUGGCCACCCUGUAG